CUUAGGAUUUGGUAGACUUGCCUACAGGGAAAAAGUCUAUUGGAUGUAAGUGGGUCUUUGCUGUUAAGGUUAACCCAGACAGAUCUGUUGCUCGGUUGAAAGCCCGAUUAGUUGCGAAGGGUUAUGCUCAAACGUAUGGUGUUGAUUAUUCUCACACUUUUUCUCCAGUUGCUAAAUUAACAUCUGUCAGGUUACUUAUUUCUCUCGCUGCAACUCAUGGUUGGUACUUACAUCAGUUGGACAUUAAAAAUGCAUUCCUGCACGGUGAUCUUCAGGAGGAAGUUUAUAUUGAGCAACCUCUGGGGUUUGUUGCUCAGGGGGAGUAUGCAAAAGUUUGUCGACUUCGCAAGUCUCUUUAUGGUUUGAAAAAGAGUCCCCGUGCAUGGUUCGGGAAAUUCAGUCAAUCAAUUGAACAGUUUGGAAUGAUCAAAGGAAAAUCGGAUCACUCUGUAUUUUACAGACAAACGAAAGCAGGUAUCACAUUGCUUGUGGUGUAUGUUGAUGAUAUUGUGAUUACAGGGAGUGAUAAUGCACGUAUUUUGGCCCUUUAGAAUUUUCUUCAUAGUCAAUUCCAGACGAAAGAUUUGGGCUCAUUGAAAUACUUCUUGGGGAUUGAGGUUACACGGAGUAAGAAAGGUAUAUUUCUAUCUCAACGUAAAUAUGUGCUUGACUUGCUAACUGAAACAGGGAAAUUAGGGGCAAAACCGAGCAAUACUCCCAUGAUUCCCAAUGUGCAGCUCACUCAUGAAGGCGUGCCAUUUGAAGAUCCGGAAAGAUAUAGAAAGUUGGUUGGAAAGCUUAAUUAUCUCGCAGUUACCCGUCCAGAUAUUGCGUACUCAGUGAGUGUAGUAAGUCAAUAUAUGUCAUCUCUGACAGUUGAUCAUUGGAAUGCUAUAGAGCAUAUAUUAUGUUACUUGAAGGGGACACCAGGACGAGGUAUUGUUUAUCAAAAUCAUAAUCACAUGAGAAUAGAAUGCUUUGCAGAUGCUGAUUGGGCUGGAUCUAAAGAUGAUAGAAGAUCCACAUCUGGCUAUUGCGUCUUUGUUGGUGGUAAUCUCGUCUCUUGGAAAAGUAAGAAGCCGAAUGUGGUUUCUCGUUCGAGUGCUGAAUCAGAAUAUCGGGCUAUGGCACAAUCGGCAUGUGAGAUAAUCUGGACAAACCAUUUAUUGAGUGAAAUCGGAUUGAAGACACCAAUGCCUGCUAAACUCUGGUGUGAUAACCAAGCUGCUAUACACAUUGCCAACAACCCAGUGUUUCAUGAGAGAACAAAACAUAUUGAGGUCGAUUGUCACUUUGUUCGAGAAAAAAUACAACAAGGAUUGAUCUCUACAGGAUAUGUGAAAACUGGAGAGCAGCUUGGAGAUUUGUUCACUAAAGCACUAAAUGGAAUUCGUGUUGGUUAUUUAUGUAACAAGCUGGGCAUGAUAAAUAUCUAUGCUCCAACUUGAGGGGCAG